AAAAGAAAUAAAAAAAAGGAAGAAAAAGAAUAAAAGACGAGAACAAACUGUGCAAAAAGAAAUGAAUAAGUGAAUUAGAAGAGUAAUCGAUGAUAAUGAAGGCGGUGCUUAGAAACAGCUUCUUCAGUGCGGCACUCUCACUCUCCGCCCGUUCCGUGACCUUAAACCCUAACCCCUUCCCUCUCAUUCUCAAAUCCGUCGUCCCUCCUCGAUACGCCGUCGUUUUCCGUUCGCAGCCCACCACCUUCAGUCGUUGCUUCACUUGUUUUGCUUCUAGUUCUUCCCCAAUGACUACUGGGGUUGAAGGCGAAAUGGGAGCUCCGGCAUCGCCGAUCAGUGAGAAGCUUGAGAAACAGUUUGAGGACUUCCGGAGCAACCUCGAAGAUUCCGGCAACUUGCGCGACCGUAUUCGUGCUGUCGCCGCGGAGAUUGAGUCGACGACCAGGCUCAUUCAUUCUAGCCUACUGCUCGUCCACCAGACCCGCCCCAUUCCCGAGAUUUUAGAGAAGGCGAAGGCCCAAAUCACCGUGCUGAGGGAACUUUUUAGCAGGCUUGCAGAAAUAAUUCGUGAAUGCCCUGGCCAGUACUACAGGUAUCACGGUGACUGGAGAACUGAGACGCAAACUGUUGUCUCAUUGCUAGCUUUUAUGCAUUGGCUGGAAACGGGGACACUUCUUUUACAUGCUGAAGCUCAGGAAAGACUUGGAUUAAACUCCUCAGAGUUUGGGCUAGAUAUUGAAGAUUAUCUGAUUGGAAUAUGUUUCAUGUCGAACGAAUUGCCUAGGUACGUAGUGAACCAAGUGACUGCUGGGGAUUAUGACUGUCCUCGCAAGGUCUUGAAGUUCUUAACAGAUCUGCAUGCAUCCUUUCGCAUGCUUAAUCUCCGGAAUGACUUUUUGCGGAAAAAGUUUGAUGGGAUGAAGUAUGACCUUAGAAGAGUGGAGGAAGUAUACUAUGAUGUCAAAAUUCGAGGCUUGGCAACUGGGGGACAAGGGGGAGAUGCAGGAACCAAAGAGCAAUCAUAAGUUGUGCCAUUUCCCUUGAUAUGUAAAUCUUCUAUCAAAAAAGUCUUAAUCCAAAACUUAUGUAGCACCGUGAUCUAGUUUUAGUUUAGCGCUGCAGUGUUAUCUAAUGGCUGAAAAGAUUUGUCCAUGCCCGUAUAUUGUUUUUGCGUUUUUUGUUUGGUAGUGUACACCAGAAAUCCAGAAUGUUUGCUGGAUUUGUCACGACAGUUACAUCCGCAUCUGGUGCUCACUCGGUGAAACGUUAUUUUGCGGAAAUCCAUGACUGAAGGAGUAAUGAAUAUUGUCAUACUAUCAAAAAAGGGUCAUGGGAACUCGACAUAUUUGGUAAAAAAAAAUCCUGUGCUGGACCGCUUUAUCAUUCGCUGAGUCUGAUUGUAG